AUGUCGCCCCUCCCUGUUCAUCACUUCUUGUCUUACCUUUGUACUGUAUUUGUUGGUCCAGGAUUUGUUCCUCUUGGUUGGAGGCCGUGUGACCCUUCAGCUGAACAGAAGCUUCAGUUCUUCUUAUUAUUUUUGAAGGCAAACGUUUGGCGAAAGGAUAUAGGGGAAAAAAAACCAUUUCGCUAUCCAUAUGACCUUGGAAAGCUCGUAAAUUUUCAGCAGAUUUUUUUGUGGUCUGGUAAAGUCUUAGGAGAUGGAUACUACUGGCCUGUUGUGAAAGGCUGCACUCAGUAUGAUUUGACAUUGGAACAGAUCUAUCAGAAAAGGUUGAAGCAAAAAAUUCAGCGCACAUUCAAAAUUACCCAAAAUUAUGAUGGGAGUCGGUGUAUGUGUUUUCGUUAUGGAUGUCUAACUGCGAUACGUUCCCCAUGUUUUGAAGAACCCAGAAUAUCUGUACGUGUCGGUGAUGUUCUUAUGGUGACAAGAGGAACAAAGUACUGGAUUUAUGGGCAUUUGGUCCCUUCUGAAAGUUGUUCUGCUGAUUUUUCAGAUUCUGUCAGAAUUCGUGGCAUCUCAAGAAAUCGAAAGGAUUAUAUUAGUCAGGAUAAGCUUUCAGAUAUUUCUCGAAUCAUUGGAUACUUCAGCCAGGACUUUAUUCAGUCUGCCAACCCUCAUACUCGAAAAGGUGGUUUAUUUGGUCUAGCUUCUGUAGCAAUCGGAUUAAAUGAGGACGCACGUUUUUUUCAUGGGCCAAUAAUUUUACCUAUAAUUCGCACAUUCCAUGAUAACGACCCACGCGUGCGACAUUAUGCAUGUGAAGCCCUUUUCAAUGUGAUGAAAAUAACUAGGAAAGAGACGUUAAAUUAUUUGAGCGAUGUGCUUGAUGCCAUUAGUCGAGGUGUAUCGGACUCUGACUCCUCUGUUCGUCCCUCAGCCUUACAAUGUGAUAGACUUUUAAAGGAAAUUAUCAUGGAGACUGAAGUUUGUGACUUAACAGAUAUUGUCUUAUUACUGAAAGAACGUAUUUACACGAACAAUCCGUAUACUCGUCAGUUUAUUGUUUCUUGGAUCACUACCUUAUAUGCUAUACCUGGACUAAAAAUUUCUGUUUACUUGCCGCAAUUAUUGGAUGGGCUUUUCCGUAUACUUGGCGAUCCGAAUCCGGAUUUACGAAGACAAUGUGAAAUGCUUUUAACAGAUUUACUUAAAGAGAUUGAAGCUAAUCCAAAUGAAAUUGCAUUAGAUACAAUGAUCAACAGUUUAAUUGUGCACUGUCGACUUUCAGCAACAGCUUGUGCUUUGGCCGAUAUUGCUUUGAAGCCAUCAUCUCCACGUAACUCUCAGUUUUCUAAUCUCCUCAAUUCAUCAAUCGUUGUUGAUACGUCGGCUCAAAGUAUUAGUCACGCACAAACUGCUCAAAACGCUUCUGAUUCGUGGUCCUUAAAAAGCGGAAAUAUAUGUAACGCACCAGAACAAUUAAAACAACGAGCGGCACUAAAGUGGAUAAAAACAUUUGUUGAAAUAGAUCCGCAUCAUAUGCUUCCAUAUGCUUCAGGAAUUAUUGGUGCUGUUCUUCCCUGCUUUAUGCUCUGUGGAUCAUCUGAUGCUUUACAAGAAAGGAAAGUUGCUCUCGAGACAGCUGUGUGCAUAAACGAAACGCUUUUGAAGGCUGUUAGAUUAUUCAAUUCAUGUACUAUGAAUAAUUUGGAUUCAUGCGAAUCAAUAGCUCACAGUGCAAUGGAUUCGCACCGAGUCUCACUGAAUUCAGGAAACCAAAGUGAAUCGUUAGUCAAGUUUUCACAGGCUGAAAAUUCAACUAAACAGUUUACAGACUCAUCUCUCAACACCACAACUGAUACACUAUCCGGUGGACAAAACAAUUCACAAAUUUUGUGCACAGAUGCAAUCUUAGAAGCUACUUUUCAACUUCUUAAUAAUUCAAGUUUAUUUACUCGCUUGGCAGCACUACGCUGGAUUACUGUACUUGCAGAAGUUUGUUCAUCUGAUGUUUUUUCUCAUGUUGAUCGUCUUUUACCAGAAAUGCUCAAACUAGUUUCUGAUCCUGCUGAUGAAAUGGUGCAUUCUACUAUUUCAUUGAUUGGAAAACUCAGUCAUCAUACUACUGUUGUUGGUAAUAAUUAUCACAACAAAGAAUCUGUUAUUUUACCUCAAGAACUAGUUAAGUUGCUUCAUGAUCCGGCUAUAGUGAAUGGACAAAAUAAUAGUCAGAUUUCUGAUUGUUCAAUGGAGACUUCAUCUCAAGAAUCAUUACCGUCAUCUUCUGCUCCAAAUACAUUUUGUUUACGAUUUCUUUUGGACUUAGUCGAAUUGUUUAACAAAGAUUCAGAAUUAUUACGGAAACGUGGAGAUAUGAUUAUUACCGAUCUCUGCCAAGUUCUUGGUGCUGAUACGGUUUACUGCACCGUUUCAACAAUUAUUUCUUAUAUUAAACCAUUGGAAUCAGCAUUUGUACUGGUACAAGCGUUGAAUCGGAUUCUUUUAACUCAACCAGUGUUACAUAAUUUCCGUAAACAAUUACGUUGUAUUAAUACGAAGGCCCAAUGUCAGUUGUUUGAAAAACUGUAUCGUGCUUGGUGUUAUAAUCCUGUUUCUCUGUUAGCACUAUGUAUGCUGACUGAAAAUUAUAAACAUUGUAGUCGUUUAGUGAAAUCAUUCGGAGAUAUUGUUAUUACUGUUGAAACUCUCUGUGAUAUGGAUCAGCUAAUUCAAAUGAUAGAAUCACCAAUAUUCUCCAGUCUUCGGAUGCAUAUGCUUGAUAAACGAUUCAGUGCUGAUCUUCGCGAAACUUUAUAUUGCCUACUUAUGUGUCUUCCACAAACAGAUGCCUUUCAGACACUUUGGCGACGCUUACAAUGCUUACCACCUGUGGAAUAUAUUUCAGAUAAUCCAGUUAGUCGGAUUUCAAAAGGUCCCCAGUCUACACAGAAUAUAAUUAGUGUGUACAUCAACUUUAAUGAGUUAUUUGAUUACUUUCAUUCAAUUCAGAAGCAAUCUGAUGAAUAUCGUUUAAUGAAAAUGAUAAAUCACAAUAGGAAUGGAGCACAACCGCAAAAUCAAAAUAGUUAUACAAUAUCCAAUGAAAAUCGUUCAAAUAGAGGUAGUCUUGGAAACGUUUUUAAUAAACUGGCUGUCUCCGAUGAAAAGCCAUCUGAUAAUAUAUAUCCAACUGAUAUUCAGAGGAAAAUUGAUUCUAAAACCACAGUUUGUUCAGCUAAUGAUUAUCUUACUGCGAGUUUUGCCAAUCUAGGAAUAAACAUUGACUACGGUGCCCCAUUGAAUAUCGUUGAUUAG